AUGAAGAACGCGAUUGUUUUCUUACUUGACAAAUUUCCGUAUAUCCAGGGGAUCCGUGGGCAGACACACCGUAAAGAAGUGACCGAUGCCAAUCGCGUUAAAUGUAAAGCAAUCGUUGACUCUUAUCGUCCGCCACUGGAAGUUAUCUAUACAAGCAGCGAAGGCAACAGACGGCCUUUUACAAUUGGCAAACAAGUUGUUGCACGGGAUCCUUUUACAUACCAUCGUUAUGCUGACACCCCUCCAUCUUCUCCUCGUAUUGUAAAUACGGCGAUUAGUGGCGAUGAAACGAUAAAAUCCGCAGGCUCUGAUUCUUCAUCUGUUUCUUCUGACAAGUCGGCGUCCAAUAAUAUUAAACCAACGAAACACUGCAUACUUGAUUUUUUCAAGUGCAUCGCAUCGGCAGAUACCCCAGUGAACAAAGAUUUAUACACAUUUGGCCAUUGGAACACUAUCGAUUUAUAUGACCUUGUCAAGAGCUUUAUGCCGAAUGUAGUUGACAUUUUCUCUGCCGCACAAGUGUCUGACUGGUUGUCAAAGGAUGGUGGAUUCAGCUGCUCGCAAAUUGCACGCAUCGGUACCAAAAGACAAAAUGGACGACCUUUGUGGAUUGUCAAGCAAGAGCAUUGGGAUGAAGUCUUGAAAGUCACCUUCAACACGAAAUCGUUUUUAAACGCAUCAAUGGAAUCACAUGGUUGGAUCAACGUCGGUUAUGCACGAAAAUCACGCACAAACGAACCUGUGCAAAACAAGAUCAACUCAAUGCAAAAGAUGACAUACUGCCUCCGUAUCAAAUGUCACUGUGCUAAAGUCUUCUUAUCCCCCAUGUGCUCCUCUGGAUCGCCAUUAUGCCAACGUGAUACAAAACCAAAUCUCAAUAUCAUGGACAGUGUUCGCCAUAAACAUGGCGAUAUGCAAGAUUUGAUUAUGUUUGCGAAAUCAACCAACUUUUCCGUGCAGCUUGUUGUCCUGGACUACGCUGGCUUACCCACGGAUCCCCUGGAUAUACGGAAAUUUGUCAAAGAACUAAAAUCAAUCAAGGAACUGGUUGUGUACCAUGGACACAAGUUCGAAUCAAUAUCACGAUAA